CAAGCCGCAGGGACGCUCACCGGCCGUCCUCAUAUCUUUUAAAGGAAGUCCCCAGAUCCUCCAUGGCUGCUGCUGUCCACCAACCUGUCACCCGUUCUCGACAUUGCUCAUUCCCCCGGCCCUUGCCUCGCUCCUUCCUCUUCGCUUGUCCACCCACUCCACUCCUCGUGAGUCUAAGCGCGCAAUCCUCAUGCCGGGCUCACGGAGUGGCGCCGCCCGUCCAAGCUGGCGCCGGGUCACGCUGCUGCACCCGCUGCUCGGGCUGCUGCUGCUCCUCCUGGUUGGAGGGCUUGCACCGCGGCCGUCCUCUUCCGUCGAUCUGCCCGUGCCGGAAUUCCACACCGUCUGGCGCCUGGACUCCGCCAUGUCCGUCGAGCAACAUGCGAACAUUCAGUUCUGCGAUUUCUACUCCCAGCGCCGCUUGACCAUCGGCGGGCCGGAUGGCUAUGACGACAUCGCCUACACGCGGUCCUUCUACUCGGUGCGCACGUCGCCCGAGGGCAAGCGCCGGUCCGACUUCGCCGGGGAGCGUCCGAUGCGCUUCCUGCCCGGCAUCAUGAUUCCGAUCUUCUGCUUCACGGACUAUCCCUUUGUCCGGGGCCCGGUCCAGCCGAUUUCCGUGUAUUCCAAGCUGCUGACCAAUGCCCUGGAUGCCUUCGACUCGCUGGUAUACGUGUCCACCUCGGCCAUCCUGCUGAGUGAGCGCAAUGUGGCCGAGCUGCCGAUCGGCGGGUACAGCCCGGCCAUGAUCUACGAUUCGGUCUCGCCCCCGCGCAUGGCACCACACCUGCUCACCCUCUAUGGCAGUAGGGUCCACCUGAAGCCCCUCCAGGACAACAUCUUCUCCUCCGAUCUGACCGACAACUUCGGGCUGGCGUUUCCCCACCUGCUGGCAGCCACCGACCUUGAUGGGGAUGGGCAGGUGGAUGCCGUCACCACCGGCACCCUGCCCCUGGAUCCCAAUAGCCCGUAUUCCAUCUACUGGCUGCACAACAUCGGUCGGUCCACCACCGGCAGCAAGGUGUCCGACAUUUCCCUUUUGUAUCGGCUGCCGGCGGGCUUUGUGCCGCAGCAGAUCGUCGUCGGGGACUUCGAUGGCGAUGGCCUGGCCACGGAUUUGGCCGUGGUCUCCGGGGCCACGUCCACCAUCCCGGAGCAGGUGGUUUUCAUCCUGUCCUCGAGCCUCAGCUCGCCGGUGCACCUUUCUCUGGAGGACAUGACCAGGGACGACCCGGCGCUCGCCAGCAUCCCGCUCAAGAGCCGCUGGCCCAAGGUGGCUGUGGCACCGAAGUUGCUGGCCCCCGGCCACUCCAGCCUCAUUGUGGCGCAUGGCAGCCGCGUGUGGCUGGUUCCCGGGCCCAUCCUCCCGGUCAAGGGCCAGGUGUCCCAUGUCGGCCUGCGAGCGGUCAAGGGCGCGCCCCUGCUGCCGGACUUCCCCUCCACCGAGGGUGUUUGGUAUUCCGUGGCCACCGGGGACUACGAUGGCGAUGGUCGACUGGACCUGGCUCUGGCGCACAAGUCGUCCGGGGCCAAUGUCAUGCUCCUGUCCCAGGUGCCCGCCUCGCCAAGCUGCCUGUGUGGUCCAAACGCCCGAUGCAUUCCCAGCCCGGAGGGCUUCUUCGCGCCGCCCUCAUGCGAGUGCCUGGACCCGCAUGCGGGUGCCAGCCCCGGCCUGGCGCCGUGCGAAUUCUGCCACACCGGCUUCUACCGUGUGGGAGACGGCCCCUGCCAGGCGUGUCACGAAUCGUGCGCCACCUGCACCGGGCCGCUGGCCACCGCGUGCUCGUCCUGCCCCGAAGGCAAGGCUCUCCAGCAGGGCGCCUGCGUGAGUCCCGGCGCCCCGGAGGUGAUUGUGACGCUGGACCCCCCGAGUCAGCCCUUCUUCGAUGCGACGGUCGACGGGCAUUUUGCCCUCCCCGGUGCGUCGCACAGCGUGGCCUCGGCCUUUUGGUCUGGCUCGCCCAUUGGCGUGCUCAUGGACAUGGUGGAGACACACAUGCGCCUGCGGUUGGACUUCAUCGCGCACCCCUCCGGCGAGGGCGUGGACUUCUUCUCUGGCUAUGACAACAGCGGGUCGGUGGCCUUCAGCGCCAGCCGCCUCGGGGGCGGCUAUCGCGCCACCACCCACCCCACCAGCAGCCUCAGCUCCCGGCCGCUGAUCAAGUACAACCAAAAGAUCCCCAUGAUGAUGAACGCCCGGAACCUGCUAACCUGCGCGGAAUCCAGCCUGUCUGGACGGUGCCAGCGCAUGCAGGAGAAUAUCGGCUGGGACUUCACCAACAUCACCCUCGGUCGGGUUGUCGGCGAGGAGGGCCCGGAAGCCAUGCUUCGUGUGCACCUGGGCCCGCAAUUCGGCUCCCGGGCCAUUUCCAACACCACCAUCUCCUCGGUGCACUGGGCCGCUGUGGACAAUGACUUUGGCAUUGAGACCAUGGUGGUGCUGAACCACCUGCCUGCCGGGCAGACCGACUGCGAGCUCCUGUGGUAUCCCUUCCAGUCCUUCGACAUCCUGCAUUUGCCGGCCCUGCCAGCGGAGACCCUCAUCCCGCGGCUUCCCUGUGGGAUGCUGGUGCCUCUGUUGCCGAGUCCAGGCCAGCGGCCUUCCUUCCUGCUGAUCCCGCGGAAUCCCACGACCGCGACGGCGGCCACCGACGGCCAGCCGGCCCUCCCCGCGGGUGGGCUGGUGUUCCUCCUGAGGAAUGUCGCCUCCGGCAGCGACUUCCGGCCGAACUUCCUGCCGGCCCUGCCGCUGCUGACCUUCGCCGACCUCGGGUACGGUGAGCUGGUCCCACCCUCGGCGUUGCUGUCGGCCGCGUCCGAUCCCCUGGUCAUGGAUGCCGGCCGGGCGCGGAUCUUCCUCUGGUCCGGCGAUUGGCUGCACCGGGUGGAUGUGCGCUUCGAUGACCAGGCCCCCAGGACGCACUCGGUGGCUGUCAACCACCAGCCCCUGGUCCCGCGCCGGUCCUUCCAGGCCUUUGCCGGUGGUCCGGUGGAGGUGGUUGUCCUGGAUGUGGAAAAUGACGGCCAAUCGGAGGUGGUCCUCUUGAAUGGGGCUACCCGUGUGGGUGCCAUCUUCCGCCAGGCCAGCCCGUCCAAUGGCUGUGGCUGUGGUGAAGUUGGUCGCUGCACCAAGUUGGCCGACUGGGACCGGGGGGCCCUUUGCCCGGCGGCCAAUCUUUCCACCUCCCCCGGUGGUGGUGCUGGUGGUGAUGAUGAUGAUGAUGAUGAUGCCGGCGAAGAGGUCGAUGGCCAUUCGCCGGUCGGCGCCCUGGGCUGCUCCUUCCUCCCGACCGGCCUUCUGGUGGAGGACCUGUGCGAGUGUGCACAGGGCUUCCACACGCCCGGCCCGGAGGCUGAGCUUUGUAGCCAGUGUAGCUCGGAAUCCGGCGCCCCGAGCGGCUCGGCCGGGGUGAGUGACACCACCGUGGCCGGCCUCACGGCCGGGACUGAGGCUCGCUGUUCCAGCUGCUCGAUUGAUGGGUGCCAGCUGUGCCAGAAUGCCCGGUGCAUGUUGUGCGACCCGGGGCUCCUCAUCACCGAGAAGGGGCUGUGUGCCAGCCGCUGUGACAUCCGCGACGCUCCGGUGGAAGAUGGCAAGUGCCAUGCCAUCGGGCCCCAGGAUACCUGGCUGGCGGCCCAGCAUUUCCAUGUCCAUGCGGAUUGGAUGGCCAUGAACAUGCUGCAGGCUUCCCGCAUGCGAGUGCUUCGGUCAUCCGAGGGCGACAUGGCUCCCAUGCUAUCGAUCAGCAACUUCCUACACCUGUCCAGUGUUCGUCCGGAGGAUGGCCAGCAGGAGGAGUGGUUCAUCUCGGCCGGCCAGCUGCUGCCCAAUGCCCAGUACAUCGAGCCGCGGUCCAUUCGCCUGGCCGAUGCACAUCAAUUCAUGCGGGGGUUCUGCAAGGACCCGCUCACGGCAAGCAGCACCGCCGGCGCCGCCAUGUCCCCCGGGCCGAGCCCCUCGUCCGGCCUGCUGGAUGCCUCUCUCAGUGCCAGCAUCUUGCCUCUCCUGCUGCCCGGGCAGUCGGCACCCGAGGGGGGCAUCCUGGGCCGGACUUCCGCCGGCGUGCCCCCCACCGUGGGUGGUCUUGCUGCCCUGGUGACCGGGGCCUCGGCCCAAGAGCCCACCUGGGACAAUGUGAAGCUCCGCCACCUGACCCCCUAUCCGAAGGCCAUUCACAUGCCUUGGUUCUCGCAAUUGCAAGAGCCACCACCGGUGGAGUCCAUCGGCACGGCCUCCGGGCCGCAUCCUCCGGGCCUGGCCAAGCAGGCUCUCAGCCAAAUGAACAAUGUGAUUACCAUGGUCCUGAGCAUUGAAGCCGGCCCGGCGCCGGCUGACAUCGGCUUCGGCGGCGAGGCUCCGCUGCGCUUGUGCGACAUCCAUGGCCGGCCGUUGGCCCCGCUGUCGCACCUGGCCACGAGCAUGAUCCAGGUCCGCGAAUUGACCGACACCCGGGACUUCGCCAUGUCCGAGUGCAGGAUCCGCUCCUUCCCCCUGCCGUACCCGGAGGAGGAGGUCUUUUUGCGGCCAGCCAUCUUUGACAGUGGCUUCUACCCGCAGGGCAUCCAGCUGGUUCGUGUCCCGGCCGGCUCGGGGCCCGGUGCCCAGCAGGAUCUUCUCCUGGUCCAUCGUAGCACCCUGCCGCUUGACGACACUUCGGCCUUCGGGCAAUGCGACGAGAUUCUGGUCGAGGUAAGUCCUCCGGCUCCGAGUCGCCUGCCUUGGCAUUAUUCCACCGCCAAUGCCCUGGGGCUUGGCUUAGGGGUGGAUAUUUCCAUCGUUUUGAUGGACUCCGUGCGGGACAUUUACCCGGCGCACCCGGUCCAGCAGCCUGGCCUGCUGAUGCUUCUGGACAGCUCGGCCUGCAUCUGGCUCCUGGAUCCGGCUGAUCAAUCCAUCACCAACACCGUGGUGACGUUGUUGGAUCUCGGCCAGAAGGCCGAGAUUGCCCUCGUCCGGGCCGAUGGCCGGGGCGACAGCAUUGUCCUCAUGGAUCUCGGGUGCAUCUCCAGCAGCCGGUGCCAGAGCUUGCCGAUCGCGGAUGACAGCCUGUCGGCCACCUCGGCUGCCGGCGGCAGCGGCCUCGGCGGCAGCGGCAGCAUUCGCGACAACUUCGGCUGCCCGAUGCAUGUCCUGGAGCAUGAGCCCAUCACCGAGGAUGUGAUCCUCCGCCGGGUCGAUGUCAAUGGCGAUGACAUGAUGGAUUAUGUCCUGCUGUACCCGGGCUCCGGCCGGCUGGUGGCCUAUUUGGUCUUGACCUUCGAGCGGACCUCCUUCCGCCGGGUGGUCAUGCUUCCGGGGAAGAGCGCCCCGGCCGGUGUGGCCGCCGCGCCCGGGAAGACGGACAUCCUGCUGACCGAUGUCGACCAGGAUGGGCAUGUGGAUGUCUUGCUGUUCGAGCAGUCUUCCGACCCGGAUGCCCCCUCGACCUUCACGAUCUUCGGCCGCUCGGACCAGACCAGUGGCUGGUGCCCGCCGGGGGUGGAUUUCGACCCGGCCACCAGCCAAUGCUCCUGCCUUGGCCUCAAUCGCUUCAUCAGCCCGCUGUCGGAUGCAUGCGAGUGCAUCCAGCACGCGGUGCCGGCCGGCCCGGGCGCCCAGGAUUGCGUCUGCCCAUCGGGCAUGACCGGCGACUUCAGCGCCUGCAUCUGCCAGGUGGGGCUGCUGCCGGUGGCCAAUGAGGCCACCGGGGUGCCGGUGACCCCGCCCCGGUGCGACGCGUGCCAUGGCAGCUGUGCCAGCUGCUCGGCCACUCGGCCUGGCAUGUGUGCCUCCUGCCGGCCGGGGGAGCUCCUGCAAGCGGGCACCUGCGUGGCCGGGUGCAGCCCGGGGUUCGCCCUGUCGCAGGACCUGCGCCAGUGUCUUGCCUGUGCGGCCGGCUGUGCCGCCUGCAAUGGUCCCUCGGCCAGCCAGUGUACCGCCUGCUCCGGGAAUCGCUUCCUGCCGGGCAAUGUGCCGGGCCGGUGCCAGCCCUGCGAUGCCGCCUGCGCCGGAUGCGAUGGGCUGACGGCUCGCGACUGCAAGGCUUGUGCGCCUGGGUGGCUGCGCGCGCCCUCGGGCGAGUGCGUGCGCACCUGCCCCGAAGGAACCAGCAUCUCGGCCCCCGGGUCGAACCAGUGUCAGCCAUGCGCCGACGCCGGGUGCCUGUCCUGUGUGACGGCCCAGCCGGGCGCCAUUUGCCGGCUGUGCCAGGCCGGCCUGCAGAUUGAUGCCACCGGCAAGCGGUGUCUCCAGUGCCACGAGACCUGUGCCACUUGCGAUGGGAAUGGCCCGGGAGACUGCCUCACCUGCGGCCCGGGGCUCCUGCUGAGUGGGUCCUCUUGUGUGGGGUCCUGCCCGGCGGGCACCUUUGCCAAUGGCUCGUCCUGCGAUCUGUGCUCCGGCCGCUGCGCCACCUGCAGCGGGCCCCUGUCGACCGAAUGCCUGUCCUGCCCGACGGACUGGCUGCUCCAGGAGGAUGGGUCAUGCCUGCCGGACCCCUGCCCGACCUGCGAGGCGUGUAUCGAUGUCCACUGCGAGUCGUGCAGCCCGACCAACCCGGGGCUCUGCGUCAUUUGUGCGGCCGGCAAGCUGCUGCUGCCGGAUGGCACCUGCGCGGAUGCCUGCCCCUCGGCCAUGUACCUGUCUCCCAGUGGCGAUGCGUGCCUUCCCUGCCAUGGCAGCUGCGCCGAGUGCUCGUCCCACCGGGCGAGCUCCUGCACCGCCUGUCCCGGCAGCAAUGUCCUGGAUCGGGGGUACUGCCGCGCGGCAUGCCCCUCGCUGGGCUACUUCCAGCAGGACCGCACCUGCCAGGCGUGCGAUGCCACCUGCCUGUCGUGCACCGGCCCCGGGCCCGGGCAGUGUGACCUCUGUCCCCGUGCGCGUCUCUCCCAUGACUCCCACUGCCUGGAUUCCUGUCCGGACAGCAGCACCCCCCUCCAUGGGGAGUGUAUCGGCUGCGACGCUUCGUGCGCCUCGUGCUCCGGCCCGGCGGCAAGUCAGUGUACUGCCUGCGCGUCGGACCGGCCGAGCCUCUGGCAGAGCGCCUGCCUGGAAACCUGCCCGAUGGGCACCUUCCCCGGGCAGGAGGCCAAUGUCCUGGACACGUGCAUGUCCUGCUCGCCGUACUGCCAGUCGUGCGCCGGGCCGGAGGGCACCCAGUGCUCCGAGUGUCUGGACGGCCUGCUGCUGCACCCGGCAUACGGGUGUGUGGGCAUUUGUGGCGCCGGCUACCUGGCCCAGGGUGGCCGGUGUGUCUCCUGCGACGCCACGUGUCACCAGUGCCAGGACUCCGCCGACUACUGCACCCAAUGCCCGGCUGGCAAGCUGCUCGGCACCACGGCCGGCACCUGCGUCAGCCGGUGCGGCGACCGGGAGUUCGCCGACCUGACCGUCCCCCUGUUGGCGCGGUGUGCGGCCUGCCACCCGGAUUGCGCGUCCUGCAUGCAUGGGUCCCGGCCCGAAAACUGCACCGCCUGUCCGCCGGGCCUCUUCCUGAUGACCGGUGUCGGGUGCGUGGGCCAAUGUCCGACCGGGUACUUCGCUGCCGAGGACCUGGUGGCCGGGACCCAGGUGUGUCUGCCGUGUGUGGCGGGCUGCGCCGCGUGCACCGGGGCCGCCGCCACCCAAUGCACCCGCUGCAUGGAUGAUCGCCUGCUGAUGGUUGAGUCGGGCGAUUGCCGGCCGGCCGGCGAGGACACCUGUCCGACUGGCUGGCAUACGGAUCAGGCCAAGAGGCACUGCCUGCGCUGCCCGAGUGGGUGUCUGUCAUGCCCCGGCUCGCCGGGCGACUGCGAGGAAUGUGGCCCCGGCAUGCAGUCCAUCCGGCUGCUGGACCGCGAGGCGACCGACGCUUCGCCCAUCGGCACCGGGCCGCGCACCUGCGUGGCCGAAUGCCCCGGUGGGUGGUACACGCCCGAGCCCGCGGCCGACAUGUGCUCGGCCUGCGACGCGGCCUGCAUCACCUGCACCGGCCCGGGCCCGGAUGGCUGCCUGCAAUUUGACUGUGGCUCGGAGUAUGGCUGCCCCGGCAGGAGCGGCCGGUCGAUCCUCAUCCUGGCCAUUGUCCUGCCGGUGGUGCUGGGAUUGAUCUUGCUGCUGGUCCUCAUGUACUUUGCCAUGCGCCGGGCGCGGAACUCCGCCAAGGACUCCAUGCAUCCGGCGUCCUUCGACAAUCCGGAAAACAUGACCGUGCUCAACACCCUUGUCGAGCUCGCACUGCCUGGAUACCUGCUGAUGACGAGCGGCACCGACUUCCGCAUCGAGAGCGGCGCCAUGCCGUUGGGUGAAGGGUCGCAGGCUCAGGUCCUGCCUUGCACGCUGCUCAACCAGGACGCCAUCAUCCGCAGCGGAGCCAGCGAGUGUGCCAUCAAGAUGCUCAAGGAGGAUGUGCCUCAUCGCGAGCAGCUCGAGAUGCUCCUGGACCAGGAGAUUUCCAUCCUCAGUGCCCUGCGUGACGGGUCGCCGAAUGUCUGCCACAUUGUCGGGUUCUGCAAUGCCCCAUUCAAGGGGCUGAUCAUGGUCAGCUAUCCCGGUGUCCUGUCCGACCUUCUCCGGGUCCCGGAUGAGCCGCUUCUUGCGGCGGAGUUUAUCCCCAACAUUGCCAUGCAAAUUGCCGACGGCCUGAAGUACAUCCACUCGCAGAACAUCAUCCACCGAGACUUGAAGCCACAGAACAUCUUCAUCCGGCCGGACCCGGUGGACUCCCGGCGUCUGCAGCCGAUCAUCGGCGAUUUCGGUGUGGCCCAGGUGCUCAGCCGGGCCACAGCCAUGGGCCCGGUCGCGGAGAUCCAGGCGGCCAGUGCGCCUUACGCGCCACCGGAAAUCCUGCUGCGCAUGCUCGGCCGCAGCACCCCCGGCCAGGAGACCCCCGACGCGGACUUCCUCCUCGCGGGAGAUGUCUACUCGCUGGGUGUGGUUCUCUUUGCCCUGGUGGUCGAAGGUGGGGCCGUAUGGCGGGGUCUCUCGCCGGAGGUGGUUGCCGAUCACGUUGUGGCCGGCCAUCGGCCGGAUGUGUGUCCCACCUCCGGCAGCUCUGUCCCCCUGCGUCUGUCAGCCUCCUCUGCUCCCGCCGGAGGGGCCCCCUGGCUGGAGAGCUACCUGGAGGUCGUGCGUCGGGCCUGGUCCGCGGACCCGAUGGCGCGCCCUUCCGCGGCGGGAAUCCACCAUGCGCUCUCCAUGCUCCAUUGAAAAGCUGGGAAAAGCGCCACGAUUACUGUCUCUCUCUCUCUCUCUCUGUCUCUGUCUGAUGCACCCAAGCUUGCUAUGCGUCCUGCUUCUGGCAGCUCUAAUACACGCACACCGCUUCUUUGUCUA